CUAACAUUUUCUGAUGAUGUGGCAAUUUUUUUGUUUAAACCAAUCCUAGAUGGAAAGUUUCCUUUCUUAUUAUGAUUAUAAUUACACUAAAAAGUAAAAAUAAAAAUAAAUAAAAAUUGAAAAUCGUCCUUCAUCUUCUUUUCCCCUUCUUUCCAUCUACCCAACCUAGCAGACCCAUCCCGAUUCUCUUCCCCAUCGUCCAUACAUCCACGGCCCAGAUCAUCUCCCACGUUAGAGAUCUCUCAAACGCUUCUUCCCCUGAUUAUGAUUCUAAUUCCUCCAAUAAUGACGGCGGGGAGCAGGGCUCGUCUCUGCCGCUGAAACCCUACAGUAGGUACGAUGCGCAAUUGCUUGCUAUGUAGAGCAACUUGAAUGCCUAUGAGAUUGCGGAGCUCCGUUGUGGAGGAGAAAAGGGACGAGAUUGAGAAACUGUUGACUGAGAAUGAAGAGCGGUGGCGGUGGUGGUCUAGAGCUGAAGAAGGUCGUCGAUCCGUGGACGUCGACCAUCCAGAUCUCGCCGCCGAGGAAGUUUCUUUGGAGCUAGGAGGAGGCCAAGGAGUCACCAGCAGCCAAGGAGUCAAGGUCGCCAACUCCAAAAAUCUCCUCCGACGCUGCCACUGUCGCGAAGCUCCGCGAUUUAUUCAGUUCCUUCCGACUUCUCCAUUGGAUCGAUUUAUCCCGUCGCGAAAGUCGUUGUGGACUUCGCGAGAAUUACAAAGCGGCGACGGUGGCCAACAGGACUGACGACCGUUCCUCCUCGUCUUGCUCGAUCUGGCCUCCCCUUUCCUCUCACAUCUUGUCGGCGAAAAUCCCAGAUCGAAAAAUUGAAGAACCCUAAUCGCCAUUGAACUUACUCCUUGAAAAAUUUCAGAUCCAGAAACUGAAAAACCCUAAUUGGGGGCACCUGCCACCAUUUUCACCAUCAAAUCCUCAUUGAAAAUCUUUUAUUUUGGGUUUCGGUAAAAAUUAAUUAUUUCAUGUUAAAAAUUAAUUUUAGUAUGACGUGGCAUAAAGAUGUCUAAUUGGC